ACUAGUGAAUUCACCCACGUACUCGGUCUAGACCAGCUUUAAUUUUUUUUUUUUUCGUCGUCGCAUUCCUUCACCCCACUCGACCCUUCCCAUACAUCAUACAAAGCACGCAUCCUCCACCCUUCUCCUUACCAUCAUCACCUCCAAGAUUCCACAAUGGAUCCAUCCGCAAAGGCGACAACGUCGCUGCCUUCUACCAACCCUCCCAGCGUCGAGGUAGCCUACAAACGCAAAUGCAUCGCGCUGAAGAAACGUCUGAAUGAAAUCGAAGCCGAGAACGAGAUGAUGCGCCUCCGCAACAGACGCGGCUGGCAGUACAUCCAGAAGAUGCGCUUGGAGUCUUGCAUUCUGCUGGAGCGAUUGUCCAAGGUUACUGGUAUGGCAGAGGAGGCGCAAGCUGGCGUCAACCCGGAGCUGCGGGCUCGCGCGGCUGCCAUGAUGUCUAAUGCGGCGGCGUUGAAUGGGAUGGGUGGAGGGAUUGGAGCUGGUGAGCCGAUGACUGGGAAUGGGGCUGGGUAUUUUGAAGAUGAGACUGAGGGAAGCUCGGACGAGCAGCCUCCUACUCCCCAGGAACGACCCCUUCGUGUGAAGCGAUCUCGAAAGUCGAAUAUCAACGACGGAAUGGAUGACGAACCGGGUGCAGACGUCGGCCCCGACUCCAGCAGAGCCGGAUCUGCAUCUUUGCCCCGGUUGGCUCCGGCUCCUACACAGGAAGAAAUGACAUCCACAUUCCGCAUCCAACCUGGCAAUAAUGGCUCUGGAAAUGAGCGAGAUAGCCACCGACCCGAGGAGCAAGAAAACCCCGAAGCUCUUUCGAGAAAUGGGGCUGAGCAUCACCCGGCCCCGGAGCCUUCAACGACACCAAUGGACAUGGAUACGAAGGAACCGAAAGAAGAAAGUCAGGGGUGAUGCCUCUCGUCUUUUCUCUUUCCUUUCCUUUCUCGCUUUCUCUUUUCUUCUCUAGUUUCUCGGGUCUUGUUUCGAUUAUCCUCAGAUUCGAACCUCUAAUCUUUUCUCAUCCUGUUUACUAUAUUUCUUCAAUAUGUUAUCUCGUCUCGGGAACAAAAAAGAGAGACUAUUCUUGUUUUCUUCUUCUUUCCUCUUCUUCCUUUCUUCCAUC